AUGAAGUGGUUUCAGGAUGAAGAUAGGAACACAAAAUUCUUUCAUGCUCAUGUCAAUGGAAAGACAAGAAAGCUGCAGUUACAGAGAAUUCAAGAUCAUACAGGUACAUGGCUGGACACUGAAGAGGAGAUUGCGCAGAAAGCAAUCAGAUUUUUCUCAGACCAAUUCAAAGAGGAAAAUAUCCCUACAGAUUUCUCUAUGCUAGAUAAGAUUCCUAAAAUGGUUACAAAAGAACAAAAUCAACAACUCUAUGAAAUGCCAGAUGAAGCAGAGGUGAAAACAACAGUUUUUGGUUUAAAUGGAGGCAGUGCAGGGGGUCCUGAUGGUUUCAAAGGAAGAUUUUUCCAAGCUUGUUGGGAAAUUUUUGCAAAUAACUUGGUGAACAUGGUGAGAUCUUUCUUCUGUGGGCAUGAACUCCCAAGCUUGAGUAACAUCACUAGCAAAGUUAUCUCAAGAAUAAUUCAUGAAAGGUUGAUAUAUCUGCUGCCUGAGAUCAUUUCACCUCAGCAAUCAGGAUUUGUUAAAGGCGAGAUUAUUGUAGAAAACAUUCUGUUGGCUCAGGAAAUUGUACAUAAUAUUAGGAUUAGAGGAAAGCCUGCAAAUGUUGUCAUUAAGCUUGACAUGACAAAGGCGUAUGACAGGGUAUCAUGGUUAUUUCUAACUAAAGUCCUGAGGAGAAUGGGGUUUGGUGAAUUUACUAUUGAUAUGGUGUUUAGAGUUAUCCCAAAUAAUUGGUAUGCCAUUCUGAUUAAUGGACAACCUCAUGGUUUUUUCAAAUCAUCUAAAGGAGUAAAGCAAGGAGAUCCACUGUCCCCUACUUUAUUCAUUUUGGCUAUAGAAUGUUUGUCUAGGGCUCUGAAUGCACUGCUUACUGAGGCUGAUUACAAGGAAUAUGGGAUGCCAAAAUGGAGUCCAUAUAUUCCUGAAAAGGAUUUUCCAUUCACAUAUUUGGGUGUACCAAUUUACUAUGGGAGAAGAAUGAACAUUCACUACAAGGAGAUAAUAGAAAAGAUUCAGAAUAGACUGAGCUCAUGGACUGGUAAGCUGUUAUCUAUUGGAGGAAGGAAAACACUGAUUAAACAUGUUUUACAUAGCAUGCAUAUACACCUACUAUCCGCUUGUGACCCUUCUAGUGUUGUACUUGCUCAGAUUCAUAGCUUGUUUGCUAAGUUCUUUUGGAGCAACUCUGUGGGAAACUCAAGUAAGCACUGGGCAACUUGGACAACCUUAUGUCAUCCACAAAAAGAAGGUGGCAUGGGGUUCAGAAGCCUACAAGAUAUAUCUAAAUCCCUCUUUGCUAAACUGUGGUGGAACAUGAGAACCAAACAAUCCUUAUGGAGAACUUUCAUGAGUAAUAAGUACUUAAAGAAGUUUCAUGCUGUGAUAGCCCCUAGCGGAUCAGGUACUUAUGUGUGGAAGAAGAUGAUUAAACACAGAGAUGAGAUGGAACAUGAGAUAUGGUGGAAGUUUCAACAAGAUUUUGAGUGUGAUCCCACAAUCAUCCUUGUAAAAGAAACUGCAGAAGUGGGGAAAUGGGAUGAACAGUUGCUAAGAAGAAUCCUUCCUGAGGAUCUAGCAGACCAUAUUGUGCAGCACAUUAAUCCACCAAAUGAAAAUGGCCAAGCAGAUAAGAGAUAUUCUCCAAAGAGAAGAGUAACACCAGUGAUUUGGAGAACUCCAGAUAUUGGAUGGAUAAAAGUCAAUACUGAUGGAACCUCAAGAGGAAGCCCGGGUAGGAGUUCAUGGGCCUUUUGUGUAAGGGAUGAAAGGGGAGAUGUGAUACAAGCACAGUCCAGAGAAAUAGAAGAUCUUCAAAGCACCAACACCGAGGCAGAGGCCCUGGCCAUUUUACAGGCUCUCGGGUAUUUAAAAGACAAUCAGUGA